ACCUCCCGAGCUCAGGCUGCGAUCGGUCCGUUCACACCGGAGCUGAGAGCUGGAUUAAAUAAGAUCAGCCCUGUCACAAUCACCUCAAGUGACAUCUUCAGCCAAAUUGUACAUUCUACCGCUAACACGCAUCCAUGUGUGCGAGAUGAUGCGAUAACAAAGGGAAACAAGCAGCGUUGAGUGGAAUCGGGGAGAACAAACACCACAUGUGCAUCUUCUUCUGCUCUGUAAUGAACAAAAACAGCCAGGGUGAUAUAACGUGGAGACAUUUUUAUUCUGGCAGGAAUCCUCAGCUCCUGCGCACAAAGACAUGUGGGACUUCGGGGACGUGUUUUCACGAUUUGAAGUCACCACUGUGGACUGAUCGUUACUUGUGUGUGUUUGGUUGCGUGUGUUUGUUGUGUCAAAACACACACACACACUCUCCUGUUCAACACAAACGAUUGUCUCCAGCUAACCUGCAGCAGUGUUCAAUCCCUCCCACCACAGGGCGGCUCUCCGCUGACGGACGUUUCGCACAUCUCGCCGUUUUCGCACGAAAAUCUCCAGGAAAUAGACGGCACCCUAUGCGUGUUUUUUUAUUUUAUUCAUUAAUUAAUUUGUUUGCGGUAGCAUGCAUGACUCUGCGAUCACUUGGGGCACACACGCAGGGGACAGUGUUUGAUUCCAGUGAUACGAGGUGAAACGAGUUCAGACUCUCGGGGCUGUGGACGCAGAGGCGCCGCUUUCAUGCCUGCGCCGUGCGUUCGCCGCUAGAUGGCGCGCGAGGUCCGGUGAGUCGCGGGAUUAACGGGGUCGCGCAUCCCGCAGCAGCCCCGCAUUAUUUUUUGUUCGGGCCUAUAUACAAGCAUGAGAUGGCAUUCAAAGGCAAAGCGGUCGACUCGAAGACCGUGCUCCUCAACCUGCUGCUGUGUCUGCUCAUAUUUUACUCUCUUUUCUACAUGAUCGCCAGCGUGUGCUUCGGUGCCUUCAGGCUGGAUCACUUCGACGGACUGAUCCCAUUUGACUUUAAGACCGAACCCACUGAAUCCAACUCCAAAUACCUGGUGAACCUCCUGUCCUUGGAGCUCACCUACUUCUGCAGUGGCCUCCUGUUUGCCGCGGUGGUGAGGAGGCGGGUGUGGGACUACGCCCUCACCGUCACACUUCUGCAUGUUGCGAUCACCAGCCUUGUGAUGUUGGAGUUCCCCAUGGUGUGGCAGUGGUGGCUGGCUUUAGGUAGCGGCUUGUUUCUGAUGAUAUGCAACGGUCAGCUGAUUGCUUAUUUCACCUGCCAGAGCGACCAGAGCUACUCCUCCUUCAGCAUCUACUAACUGCUAAUGUAUUUUUUUAUUUAUUUAUUCUUUAAAAGUUAUUUAAGUUUAUUUAUUGAUUGAUUAACUUCCAACAGUUUUAUUAACACACUUGUAAAGUGGAGAAGAAGGGAUCAGACCGGAAGCUCUCGUCUUGAGACACCAGUCAGAUUAUCCACAGUGUUCGGCUUUGUCUGUUACCUUUGCUCUUUUCUAGAAAAAAACUCACCUUCACGUAUUGAGGCUGCUUUCAGACACUAACUGAAGUCUGGACAUUUUCCUGCCAGCUAGUAAAAUGUCUGAAAGAGGUCAGAGUGAGCCAAAGAGAACUCAGCAGUAAAAUGUCUGGAAAAUUCACAGCAAGCGAGUGGGUGAGGUAAUGGCUGCAACAAAAAAGAAUACAAAUAUCUCAGGAUGUAAAAGAUUUUGACUUUUGAGCUUUUGCCGAGGAGGGCCGACGCUAUCGUGUUGAUGUGCUGUAACAGAACACAACAGAGAGAAUACAUCGUGUCCUGCCUCCUGCCUGCUCUACCCAGGCUUCACCCUCCACCUGAAUGUUGAUGUGAACACGUCUGACCCGGACAAUUCUUCAUGUUCACACUCCAGCUGGAGAGCAGAGCUCAGCCACUCAGCUGCUCCUGGACGUGCUUAAAACAAGACUCGUAACCAGAGGCGACCGAGCCUUUGCAGUAACCGCCCUAAACUUGUGGAACAGUUUACCACUCCAUGUUAGAUCUGCCCCCAAAUCUUUGUUAAAGACACAUCUCUUCUCUUUGUCCUUCCUUUUGAGUUGAGAACGUUUUUAUCCCAAUCAUUACUAUUAUGAUAUACUGCGUAUUGCUGUUUUCUUGUUGUACCUUUUACUUUGUAAGGCACUUUGGUCAACCAAAGUUUUAAAUGGGUUAUAUAAAUACAGUUGACAUUGACAUAUGUCUGAAAAUGGCUUAAGUCAGAGCUGGGUCCAAAGUGUGUUUAAGGGUUGUCAUGUAAAUGCCACAAGGAGAUGUUUUCUGUAUUUUGCUUCUGAUGCACAAUCCCUUUGUCACUAUGCAGGAUUUAAAUGUGACCUGUGAAGUAUUUUACCUUUGUAAACUGUGAAUGUAGAAGCUGAAUGGGAAUGUUGCAAUAUAUGUUGUGAUUCACAGACUUAAAUGUCAAGUGUUGAACAAUGAAA